AUAAUAUUGAAUUAUUGAGACAGGCUAAAGUCGAGUCGAGUUGCACUUCCAUUCCACUUGCGAGUCGGCCCUUCGACCCUGGGAGUUGGACUGAGAACGUUUUAAACACACCCAUACAAACAAGCGGACCCGUCUCGGAGUCGAAUUUCGGGGAGGAAAAGCUCCGGCCGUCUUUAAUUAAGUUCGUUUCUUGAACAACUCGUCUGGAAUUGUAUUUGUUUGAAAAUGUCGGAACGCGAGGAUACGGUUUAUAAGGCUAAGCUCGCCGAGCAGGCUGAGAGAUACGACGAAAUGGUGGAGGCCAUGAAACUUGUGGCUUCUUUGGACCUUGAGUUAACAGUAGAAGAAAGAAAUCUUCUCUCUGUAGCUUACAAAAAUGUGAUAGGAGCACGCCGUGCAAGUUGGAGGAUUAUAAGUAGUAUUGAACAAAAAGAGGAAAAUAAAGGAGCUGAUGAAAAACUGGAAAUGAUUCGACAGUACAGGACACAGGUCGAAAAAGAGUUAAGGGAAAUAUGUUCGGAUAUUCUGGGUGUUCUGGAAAACCAUCUUAUUCCGUGUGCAUCAACUGGUGAAUCUAAAGUGUUUUAUUACAAGAUGAAGGGGGAUUACCAUAGAUAUUUAGCAGAAUUCGCUACCGGCAACGACCGUAAAGAAGCAGCAGAGAGCUCUUUGGUUGCGUAUAAAGCGGCUAGUGAUAUCGCUAUGACAGAUCUGCCUCCAACGCAUCCCAUUAGGCUUGGAUUGGCACUCAACUUUUCAGUAUUCUAUUACGAGAUACUCAACUCUCCUGACAGAGCUUGUAGGCUGGCUAAGGCAGCAUUUGAUGAUGCCAUAGCCGAACUAGAUACUCUAUCCGAGGAAAGCUACAAAGACUCUACCUUAAUUAUGCAACUUCUCAGGGAUAAUUUAACUCUUUGGACAUCUGAUAUGCAAGGUAAUAGUGAACAAAAAGACCAACAGUUGCAGGAUGUUGAUGAUCAAGAUGUGCCAUAACUUAGUGAGAAACCAUUGGGAAGUUAAUUUAAAUAAGAAAGGACAGAAAGUGAUGUGUGGAGUGUUAAACGUGGCAAGGAUGGAGACAUUUCAUCUUGAAGCGGUUGGCCAUUGUGUAGGUUACAGUCAACAAACCAGACUUGUAAAUUUUCAUCCACUUCUGAUCAUUGUUACUGUGUAGUUAAAUUAUUAUUUUACAAUUUUUGUUAGAAAAUGAAAUCAAAUUGUUUGCUUUGUUUUGCAUCAGCUUUAUGAAUCGAUUUUUUGCGUUCAAUUAAUAGUCAUAAAUGAGUUUUUGUCUAUGCCUAUCAUUCCUUUCUUACUUUCAAUUUUAUAUGAUUAAUUAUGAUUUCAGCUUGUCAGUUGUAAGUAGCGUUAAUAUUUUUUUUUGAUUUUUAUAUUUUUGGAAAAAUUUACAUGGUGUUGGUUUGAAACUGCAGUUGUCCUAUUCUCUAAAGGCAAUAAACAAAAUUGUUGCAAUAGAAAAUGACUAAAGAUAAUUGUUGCAUAUUGAUUAUAAUCUAGAUCAUUUGUAGUAAUAACAUUUCACUAUUUUAAACAAUGGGUUAAAUUAAUUAGUAUAGCAUGUAGUCAAAUUUGUUGUACAACUGAUUGGUGGGUAAAGUCGGUGGAUAGUCCCAUUCACUAUAAACGUUAUUCGAUAAAAUAUUGUUUGUGCUUCAAAUAGCUGGUUAAUUUCUUAUUUUAGUUCCAAACGAGUAUUUAUGUGAAAUCAACACAAUUUAAAUCAUUUAUAAAAUUAUUAUUAAAAUGGAAUCAUUGGGACCUUACGUUAAUAUGCACUUUUUUAAGAUAUCUGAGGCUUUACCUAUGACUUCAUUCUCUGAAACUAUAUUUAAAAAAGAAAAAAAAAGAUUAGCUUCAAUUGUGUGUUUGAACUAUUUGUUGUAACAUCAUAACCUACCUGUGAAAGACGCUGCGUAGUCAGUGAUUAGCUUUAAAAAAAAAAAAAAAUCAGCUUAUAAUGUAAGAUAAUAUUUUAUGUAAUAGAUACAGUACAUGUGUUUAUUUUACAAUACAGUAGAGACAUUUUCUGUGUGGAUUCAUC